UCCUCGACUGUGUCACUAACGAAGAGGACAAGCCCAGGUGCUGAGGAGAGGGAAAGGGCGAUAGAGGUGGUGUGGUUUCUGCAGGUAAACACUAGUAAUCCCGAGCACAGAGAGGCAAGUGCGGAGUUUAGCCCACACCCAGCACGCUUGCGGACACCGUACGGAUCCACCUGUGUUGUUGUAUCUUUCAUUUUCAGCAACCCGCGGGUGGGAAGCAGCCAAUGCCAAUGCGCUCUCGACUGUGGACCAUGUUCGCAGGUCAGAGGAUGCGUAAAAAUGCGUUGUAACUGGAAUAGCAGGUGCUGGAAGAAGGGCGUCCGACUGUCAACACGUCUAAACUGUGCGCAUAGCGCCGGGCGCUGAUGUUCAAACCAUGGAGAAACAAGCUCUUGCAACGGCUCUUAGCUUGUCCAUGAGCGUUAUCUCUUUACUCUUGUUGGUCACCGCUAUCUUCACCGACCAUUGGUACGAGACAGACACCAGAAGGCAUAAGGAGAACUGCGACAAGUAUGGGUCGGAUUCUAACGACCAGAAAAACAGGGAGAUGCCUAUAUACCACUUGCCUCUUGUGGACAACGGCAACUCCAAACGGAACGUGGCGCUUAUGAAGCCGAUUCACGUCGGGAGUAGAGAGGAGGAAUUACUUGAGAACUGGAGGGCAAUACUGGGGAUGGGGAUUCUUGAGACGGAAUGUGGGCGUCCGUUGUUCUCCACAUAUUCUGGACUCUGGAGAAAAUGCUACUUUCAAGGCAUGGACCGGGAUAUCGAUAAACUCAUAUCAAAGGGUAUUGCGGACCGAUGCACAACUGUCAAGUACCAUUUCUCUCAGCCUAUUCGGCUUCGAAACAUCCCGCUCAACCUGACGAGAACCAUUCAGCAAGAUGAAUGGCAUCUCUUACAUCUGCGGCGAAUCACGGCGGGGUUCCUUGGGAUGGCGGCCGCCGUUUUGCUGUGUGGCAGCAUUGUGGCCACAGUGGGCUUCUUUUGGGAGGAGAGCCUCACUCAGCACGUCUCCGGCCUGCUCUUCCUCAUGGCAGGGAUAUUCUGCACCAUCUCCUUGUGCACCUACGCCGCCAGCGUCUCCUACGACCUCUCCCGGAACCCACCCUUCAUCUAUGGACUGCCCGGCGACGUGGACCAUGGUUACGGCUGGUCCAUCUUCUGCGCCUGGGUCAGCCUGGGACUUACCGUGGCAUCGGGCUGCCUCUGCACCACCUACCCCUUCUUCAGCCAAACCAAGGCCCUGCACUCCAAAACCACCCGGGAGUCCUCGGUAUGAGCGUUAUGAGCAGGUUGAGAGAAUUGUGCGCCCCCUGUAGAGGAUCCUGUGGAGGAUCUAGAAAGACCAAUAUAACAGGAGGUGUUUUAUUUGUACGAAACCAGAGAUGAAACAUAGUUUCCACAGUGAGAUAUGAGAAUUUGUUGGUCUUUUUUGUAGACUCUCGUCAUCCUUAUCGAGGUGUUAGCGAAGGUGCAGCUGUUAUGAUGUGUUAUGUGUGUGUUUGUAUGUGCACACAGGCAAACUCACACAUACAUAUGGACCUACACAUGUGUACACACACACAGUCUCUCUCUCUCUCUCUCUCUCUCUCUCUC